AUGGAUCGGCAAGAGUCAGGGCCAAAAUGGGAAGCCACGGUUUCUGCAAGGCUCACAAAGGCCAGAGUUGACCAGAUCUGGCCUCUGCUCAAAGACUUCUUCAACUUCCACCAGUUGUUUCCAACCCUAGCCAAUUGCUAUAGCGUCCAAGGGGCCAACGGUGCGCCUGGCUGCAUCAGAUACUGCUCCGGGUCCUCAAUCCCAUCGAAGGGUGAUCAUAUGGCCGUCAGCUGGUCCAAGGAAAGAUUGGUAGCCGUUGAUGAUGCUGACCAUAGUUUAAGCUAUGAGAUUGUGGAAAGUCACAUUGGGUUCAAGUCAUAUGUAUCAACGGUCAGGGUUGUUCCAGGUGGGGAUGUUGACGGUCAAUAUGGGUGCUUGAUCGAGUGGUCCAUCACCGUUGAUCCUGUGGAGGGGUGGGGUUUGGAUCAUUUAGUG